AUGAGCGUGUCAGGACAGACAGCUGAGCUCCACGAGACCUGGCCCGCGAGGUGCCGCGCGCGCUUCUGGAGACUCUUUCCUCACCUGACGCUGUGCUGCGCCUUAGUGGCUUACACGAUGCUGGGCGCGUUUGUCUUCAUGCUGGUCGAAGGGGGAAGAAACUCCAGCCCCGAGCAGGAAUACCACAACUUCCUGUCGAGCAUUGUCAAGAUGGUCCAGGACAAUACCAAUAACAAAUCCUGCACAUUCAACCAAACAGUUGGAAACGUUGCGAAACAGAUGAAGGGUUUCAAGUCCUCGUGGUCCCAGAGCCCCGACAGAUGGAAUUUUUUCGGUUCCGUCUUCUUCUGCUGUACCAUAUUUUCAACUGUUGGAUAUGGGGAAAUCUUUCCGGUCACCUUGCUUGGUAAAGCGCUGUGCAUCGUUUAUGCGAUGGUGGGGAUUCCUCUCAUGCUUCUGGUCAUUCUCGACGUGGGAGACUUUCUCGCUCUGGUGAUGACCAAAUCCUACAAUCGCGGCCGCGCCCUCUUCAAGACGUGGUCACGGUGGAUGAUUCGCAGGAGGAGACCCUGGUCACACCGGCGCACUCUGGACGACGGGGUGAUUGGUCAACCUCUGGAUAUCCGGCAGGUGCUCAAAAGUCAAGCAGAUGUUCGACACAAGUCCAUUCAUCUCCAAAGAAACAAAGAUAUCUUUGAAAGGCUGCUGGUGAGAGAUAAUUUAAUGAGAACGGAUCCAUUACUCAGGUCCCUCUCCUGCCCUGAACUUGAACAGAUGCCACAACCACCUAGUGGAUUUGCUAUAUGGGAUUUCUCAGGGUUAGGGAAUGUAAUGGAAGACUUUGACGUUCCACUUAUACUCAUCCUUUUCAUUGUAUUUGCAUAUAUUUGCUUGGGCGGUAUAAUCCUACCACUGUGGGAAAAUAAAAUUAAAGGAUUUGACUCGUUCUACUUUUGCUUCAUCACACUCACUACAAUUGGAUUUGGUGACAUCAUACCUGAAAACUCCACCUAUUUCUGGAUAACCUCCCUUUUUAUUGUUGUUGGCAUGAGCAUUAUGUCUAUGGCUUUCAAGCUGAGCCAAGAUAGAAUAGUUUCUUUUUAUUGUAAGUGCAUCCGGUUCAUUGGCCAGCCAAAUGCUGAAACUACAGAAAAUGUGGAAAAGAAGUAAGUCAAGAUCUUCUGAAUCAGGUUUUGGGAUUGUGGAAUUUUGUAUUUCCUGGAUUUAAUCAAUUAUUUAUUGUGUCUGUUUUUCAUAAGCAUGGGUAAUUAUGAAGUCAUGCAUGUGGCAAACACUUUAUUCAGCUGUCAUGAUUUAAAUGAUUUGUUUUCAAACAUGUUUUCCAGUUACUUAGUUUUCCACACAAUCAAGUAACUGUUACC